AUGAAUGCCACAGCUCAACGGAAUUUUUCGCUAUCGAAAAGCGACAACGAUGAUAAAAGUGAACCUGAUCAUCUUCUUGUUCUUGUACACGGUAUCUUGGCAAGUCCCAGUGACUGGCUCUACGUAGAAGCUGAGAUGAAAAGACGACUUGGAAGAAGAUUCUUGAUUUAUGCAAGUUCUUCCAAUACCUUCACUAAAACAUUUGGCGGGGUCGAUGGAGCUGGAAAACGACUAGCAGAAGAGGUUAGACAAGUUGUCCAAAAGAGCAAGAGCUUAAAGAAGAUUUCCUUUUUAGCCCACUCCCUUGGUGGCCUAUUUGCCAGACAUGCUGUUGGUGUUCUCUACUCAGCAGCAAUGUUACAAGCCAGUGAUGGUUCUGUCUCUAAAUCGGGGAAUUCACAUCUUCUGCAAGGUAGGAUUGCUGGGCUCGAACCGAUUAAUUUCAUCACCUUGGCAACACCUCAUCUAGGAGUAAGAGGCAGAAAGCAGCUGCCUUUUCUGUUGGGAGUUCCUAUUCUAGAGAAACUUGCUGCACCAAUAGCUCCGUUCUUUGUUGGUCGGACUGGUAGCCAGUUGUUUCUCACUGAUGGUAAAGCUGAUAAACCACCUCUUCUCUUGCGGAUGGCAUCCAAUGGUGAAGAUGUGGAAUUUUUAUCGGCUCUGGGGGCAUUUCGAUGCCGCAUCAUAUAUGCAAACGUAUCUUAUGACCACAUGGUUGGUUGGCGUACAUCUUCCAUAAGGAGAGAAACUGAACUUUUCAAGCCUCCACGCCGGUCUCUAGAUGGAUACAAGCAUGUCGUUGAUGUAGAAUACUGUCCACCUGUUUCCUCAGACGGAGCCCAUUUCCCUCCAGAAGCGGCUAAAGCGAAGGAGGCCGCACAAAGCUCGCCUAGCCCUCAGAACACACUUGAGUACCACGAAAUAGUUGAAGAGGAAAUGAUCCGUGGUCUGCAGACUUUAGGGUGGAAGAAAGUUGAUGUCAGCUUCCACUCCACUUUCUGGCCUUACUUAGCUCAUAACAACAUUCAUGUGAAAAGUGAAAGACUUUACAAAGCAGGAGCUGGAGUCGUUGCGCAUGUUGCAGACAGCAUAAAACAGCAAGAAAAUUCCACGUUUAUUACCGCCAGCUUAUGA